AUGGAGAGACAGAAUGAGAGUUUUGUGGCAACAUUCAUCCUCACAGGGAUUCCCCAUGCACCUGAACUGGGGACAACCCUAUUUGGGAUCUUCCUAGUGAUUUAUGCACUCACUUUGAUGGGAAAUCUUCUCAUUUUGCUAGUGAUCAAGGUGGACUCUCAUCUCUGCACUCCCAUGUACCAUUUCCUAGCCAAUCUCUCCUUCAUUGACAUGUGGUUCUCCACUACCACUGUGCCCAAGACACUCAUGGGUCUCCUCUCUCCAGAAGGUGGGGCCAUUUCUUUUUAUGGCUGUGUAGCCCAGCUCUAUUUCUUUUAUGGCCUGGCAAGCACUGAGUGUUUUCUUUACACAGUCAUGUCCUAUGAUCGUUACCUGGCUAUCACUUAUCCCCUACGCUAUGCUACCAUGAUGAGUAAAAAAACAUGCGCCCUUCUAACUGGAGGCACAUGGCUCAGUGGUGCUAUCCAUUCAGCGGCUCAGACUACUCUGACUUUCCGCCUGCCCUACUGUGGCCUUAACCAGAUUGAACAUUACCUUUGUGAUGCACCCCCCAUUCUCAAAUUAGCCUGUGCAGAUACUUCAAUCAAUGAGAUGGUGAUCUUUGUUAACAUUGGAGUGGUGGCCUCUGGAUGUUGCUUCCUGAUUUUCCUUUCCUAUGUUUCUAUUGCCCGUGCCAUCCUGAAGAUCCGUACAACAGAUGGUAGACAAAAAGCCUUCCAGACUUGUGCUUCCCACUGCAUUGUGGUCCUCUGUUUCUUUGUGCCCGCUCUCAUUAUUUAUUUAAGACCAGGCUCAAAACAUGUUAUGGAUAGGAUUGUGGCCAUUUUCCAAACAAUGAUCACACCCAUGCUGAAUCCCCUGGUAUACACCCUAAGGAACAAAGAGGUAAAGAUGGCUUUGCUUAGGUUUAAAGAUCGAGGGAAUUUUAUGUAG